UAAAAGUCCUCCUCUUCCAACUAUAUGCUCGCCUACUCCUAAGCUUGCCAAGAUAUGUAACUGUUCAGUGUCGUUUAAGGAAUAAAUUUUUAAAAGCGUCAUGAUUUAAUAAACAUUUUUAACUUUGAAUCAACAGAAUAUGAAAAUAAUUUGAAUUUUAAAAUAAAAACUUUUUGUUUGUUAUGAGUAUGAGACGUCACAAGUUGACAACUAUGACAAUGUAUCAGGCCCCGGUAGCUAAGGCCACUACAAAAAGCAACAAAAAAAGAAGAAAAUAUUUUAUUUGUUGUUGAUGUUGUGUUAUGGUGUGGUGUGACAGUUCUUGUCCUAUUUGAUUUCCAGAUAAAAAUAUUUCAUAUUUAUUUUAAUUUAAAAUGAGUUUUGAAUUAAUUAAAAACUUGUGAACAUAGAUUAAUAUAGGAACGAAAUGGCUUCAGUUAAAGUGGCCGUACGUGUCAGGCCCUUUAACCAAAGGGAAAUUGAUUUGGAAGCUCAAUUGAUUAUUCAAAUGAAGGGUAAAACUACGGGUAUUUUGAAUUGCAAGGCAAACACCAGAGACGAAAACAUCCGCUACAAAGAAUUCACUUUCGACCAUUCCUAUUGGUCGCACAACAAAAACUUUGACAACUUUGCAUCACAAGAACUAGUUUACAAUGACUUGGGCACCGAAGUGGUCGAUUGUGCCUUCGAAGGGUACAAUGCUUGCGUUUUUGCUUACGGACAAACCGGCAGCGGGAAAACUUUCACUAUGAUGGGAUCACCUGAAAACCAAGGUUUGAUCCCAAGAAUAUGCAAAGCCUUAUUCGACCGAAUGUCCGAGAAUUGCAAAAGAGGUACAACUCACCGAGUUCAAGUCAGUUACCUGGAAAUCUACCAGGAACGAGUGGCGGAUUUGCUGAUGGACAGAAGAGACAAGGAAGGCGGCAACCUAAAAGUACGCGAACAUCCGAAAAAAGGGCCCUACGUUCAAGGCCUGACGACUUGUUGGGUCACCAAUUACGGCCACAUACAGGACUGCAUGAACAGAGGAAAUUCUCACAGGACAACAGCUUCUACUAAUAUGAACGAUGUCAGUAGCAGGAGUCACGCAAUUUUUACUAUUACUUUUGUUCAGGCUAGUUAUUGUGAUGGAGUACCUAGCGAAACUGUUUCAAAGAUACAUCUUGUAGACCUUGCGGGCAGCGAAAGAGCAGAUUCGACAGGAGCAACGGGCCAAAGACUAAAAGAAGGUGCUCACAUUAAUAAAUCCCUAGUUACUUUAGGUUCAGUAAUCUCAGCCCUAGCAGAAAUAUCAACGAUAGACUCAAAAGACCAAAACUGCCAAAGAAAAACUUUUUUCAUCCCGUACAGAGACUCCGUCCUUACUUGGCUACUAAAAGACAGCCUGGGCGGAAAUUCCAAGACAAUAAUGAUAGCGGCAAUUAGUCCAGCAGAUUGUAACUAUGGAGAGACUCUAAGUACGCUGCGGUACGCGAAUAGAGCUAAAAACAUCAUCAACAAACCGACAAUUAAUGAAGAUCCUAAUGUUAAACUUAUCAGGGAGUUGCGUAACGAAAUCAGCAAGCUUAAGGGCCUAAUGUUCUGCGAACAACGAUCCGAUAUGUUGGCACAGCAAAUACACGAAAAGGAAACUAGAGAAAAGGAGCUCACAGAAGAAUGGACAGGAAAAUGGAGAGAGGCUCAAGCCAUUCUACGAGAGCAAACAGCUUUAGGAUUGAGAAAAUCUGGUGCUGGUGUAGUUUUGGAUUCGGACAGGCCACAUUUAGUUGCUAUUGACGAUGAUCCUUUAAGUACUGGAGUUACACUUUAUCAUUUAAAAGAAGGAACAACAACAAUUGGUUCUGGUGAUUCAGACAUAAGGCAAGACAUUGAACUACGCGGUGCUGGAAUGGAGACUGAACAUUGUACGAUAACGUUUUUAAACGGUGGAGCUACUUUAACGCCGAAAUCUGGUGCUUAUGUGAUGUUAAAUAAUCAGAUAUUAGAAUCGCCUGCGAAAUUAUCGCAGGGCUGCAUAAUAUUUUUAGGAAAAGCGCACGUUUUUCGGUUUAAUGAUCCUGCUGAAGCUGCUCAGCUACGUAAAGGCGAAAAGGCGCACAACCUUUCUAGAUUGAGCAUUCUUAGUUGGUCAACACCUGAUUUGGCUUUGUCAAUGGAGAAUUUGCAAAUUGCGGAUGAUGAUAAAUUUGAUAUUGACUUGCAAAGGCAGACGUUGGAAAAGGAAAAGGAACAGUUUGAGAAGGAACAAGAGCAAUUUGAAAAAAGUAAGGAGGCGUUUGAGCGUAGGAAAAGGAGUUUGGAAGAAGCGCAGGCUAAAUUGGAAAGUGAGAAGAAGAUUGUGCAAAAGGAACAUGCUGAACAAACAAGGCAAUUACACGAAGACUGGCUAGUUUUGACUGAACAGCAACGAGAAACUGAAAUGGAGCUGAAAAGGAAAGAGCAAGAUUUGAUAUUCCAAAGGCAGGAAUUGGAAAAGGAUAGAUUGAAAAUUGUAGGAGAGAUUAAUGGAGACUGUGAAGCGUUGCAACAGUUGCGCAGCGAUUUUUUGUCCAAGUUUGGCAACGUGUGCAAAGUAAUUUGCGCACACGCUAACGAUAUUACUUUUCCUGAUUCCCGAUCCAAAGUUUUGUUUCAGGAACUUGCUGCAAAAUCACAAAUUACGCCUCUGUCAGAUACAGAAUCCGAUAGUUUGGUGGAAAUCCUAAAUACUAUAAGAGCACCGGAUGUUUUACAAAAACUUGUUAAUCAUCAUAGAAAAGAAUUAGCUGAACUACAAGCUGAGCUAAAUCGCAGAGUACAAACCUUAUGCGAGAGACAAAAAAGUGUUGAAGAAAUUGACCAAAAACUUAUAGGAUUAGUUAAUAAUCAAGAAACCUUAAAUAGCUCAAAAAGUAGUUUUGACAGUAGCACGUCAGCAAACGAUUUACAAUCGUUGAAAGACGAAUUGGCAAAAAGGAGCGAGCAGGAAUUGCAAAGUAUUGAACAGAGAAAACUAGAAUUGACCCUAAAUCUAAAAAAAAUCAACUCAGUUGAACCACUUUCAAGCCCUGAUAACGUAACUACUUUAAGCAGCGACACUUACCAUACAGCCCCCAACAGUUGCGGUUCACCCACAGCCCCUUUUUUAGAUCCUUUAAUGAGUGACAGCGGCGUAGAACUGAAACCAAUCAAAAACCAUCAAGAAGAAAGCUUUUACGAUGAUUUGUCUAGCAAUGAAGGCUUUGUCAGUGACUCCCAGUCUUCUAGUUCAAUUGAAAAUCACUCGCCAGUAAGUAAAAAAUACAGGCGCCGAGAUGCUGAGGCCUUAAGGCGUAUGUUGCACAGAAUCACUCAACAAAAACAUGCAAUAGUUAGGAAUUUGGAUAACCAUAUGCCCAAAGAGAAUUUGGACAAACAAAUAGCGAACCUUCAAGAACUACAAAAACAUUACAUGGCAAUGAAAUACGGUUGUAGCUCAAUUUUAUCUCCAGCCUUGGAGCAUCCCUUGCAAAACAUGGAUAGUCCCAGUCCCAUUAAGCCCUUACAUACCGGUUCUACUAGUGCCUUAUACUCACCUAUUCAAGCCCACAACAGAAUUCCUCUUUAUAACCAGUACUUGUACAGGUCGAUGCCUUCUAUAGCAACUGAAUCUGAUUGUGACUCUAUAAUCAGCAUAACCAGUUAUUGCCUAAGAGGUGCUGGCACCAAAACACAUUACGAAUAUGAGGUAAGAAUAAGUACCAUAGACGACAGAUGGACAAUAUUAAGACGAUACAGCAGAUUUAGAGAUUUGCACAUUGCUAUGAAAGCCCGCUAUAAAGAUAAGGUUGGUUCUAUACCAUUCCCGUCUAAAACCCUAUUUGCCAAUACAGAAUCUGUGGCAGAAUCUAGAAGGAAACAACUCGAAUUCUAUCUUAGAAGGUUGAUAGACAGUUGUAAAACUUUGCCAAGUUGUCCGUUGGCCUAUGGAGGUCCAAUCACGAAAACUGCUUUAAUAAAUUUCUCUCCUUUCUUCAAGAAAGGUGUAUUUGAAAAUGGAAAAUACGGGACUUCAUGAUUGAUACUUUUGUGGUUUGUUUUAGGAGGGUAGAAUAUUUUCACAAAUUAGUUGGUGGAGGAAUUUCGAUUUUUCUUUUUGAAUUUUAUACCAGUUUUCACUCUUCUUUGCCAGUGGCCCAAACGUUUUACCUUUAAGCUUUAUUUGAAGUUGUUUGAUGAAACUAUAAACCAUCUAUAAUUAUUGACAGUUACCUGAAAAAAAAUGAUUUCCUUAUUUAGUUAGUUGACAGUCUCUUAAGAAAAAAAAAAUUAAUAAAAAUGUGAUAAGAUUAGUCUGUAAGUUAAUAUAUUUUUUAAUUAUUAAACUUUUUGUACAUUCAAUUUUUAUCCAUCAAAUUUAGUGCAAUAUGUUUGAUUUAUAUUGUAAAUUAUUGUUAUAACAAAUUAAUAGUAAAAGUUUAUAUUUUAACCAGUGAUGAAAAGAUUAUAAUGUUGAAUUAAAUUUUAUAAAUAAAAGUAUUGUGAGUUUAAUUGAUAGACACUAACUAUUUAGGUAUAAUUUAUUAGAAAAUCAAACUUACAUUUUAUACAAAAAAAAAAUCAAAUUGGGUGAUCAUAAGGCACCCAACUCUCCAUUCUCCAGUUGUUUGAGCAAGCGAAACAGGGCUGCCGCCUCUCGGAUUCUGCUAAAUUCAAUACAGAACGCCUGAACUUCAAUAAAUAACUCCUAA